AAAAAUGCGGAGACCCAACCUAACCUCUCGCGACGUAUCUCGUAAUAUGUGAUCCGUUGUUAUUCGAGGUGCACGCGACAUUCGACGUUGAUUCCGACGUGUCUCGCGAAUAAUUGAAUAUAACUUUAGGGAGAGAUUAAACCGCCGCGUGGAAUUGAUCGGCAACAGCGGGAGCUGUAAAAAUUACAGGCGCAACACGAUCCUCGACCGGUCUGUGAUUGUUGAUCGAACGAUUAAUCGCGGGAGUUCGUUUUUUCCACAAUGCCCAUAAAAUUGAUCGGUCGCGCGACGAAUUGCAAGGGAAAGCCCUUGUGGGAAAUUCUAGCCAACUUGAGAAACUUCGGUGUAGGGAGGAUUGUGUUAAGGAGCAUCCUGCAAAGGUAUCCUGAGCCCUGUUACAUGAAGAUACUGAAAGUUGCCGCUAUGCCACCGACCAACGAACCUUAUACCGACCGCAAAGUUAUAGUACUGGCCGAUGUAGUUUUUCGUGGCAUGAAAGAAUCGACACCAAUGCAGCUGGAUAAUACAACUUACAAGGCGGAUUUCGUGUUGGUGCCGAAAGAUCAGGAACACUUGUACACCGGGGUGACUGUGCCGCCGGCCGAGAAGAGAGUCCUGCCUAGGACGAUGGAAUUUCCGCCGCUGUAUUUACAAAUGCUGAUGCGUGACAUUAAGGCGAAAGGCAUUGCCGAACCUGCGAAACAGCCUCAGCUAAAUAUUGUGUAUAACACGUCAUGUAUGAGCGUCAAAAAUUAUAGAAUAGCCGAAGAGGACGAGACUGCAGCGAGUAUAACAUAUGGUUUAAAUAAGUCUAGCGUCUUUUAUCCGAAGACAGAAGCGAGCGAACCUUCGUGAAAUUAUAUUUCAAGUGUAUAAUUGUUAACAGCAGAGACUAAUUGUCUUGUAAAUUAUGAGUGGCAGGCUAAGGAAAUAAACGGAGUAACAAUCAGA